AUGAAAUUUCUUUUAUUUUUCUUAGUUCUUAUUGAAGGGGUCAUAUUGAUCUCUGGUAAAAAGGAUUAUUACAGUAAAAAGGGUUCACAUAUUUACAAAAGGCCGAAUGGUAGCGUCAGUGAUCCAUAUCCAACUGUUUUCAAAGAAAAAUAUGUGGGUGGACUUAGAUUUUUGGUUUUGGGUGAUUGGGGACAGAGAGGAAAUGGUACCGGUCAACCUCAAGUAGCAGCUGCUAUGAAAACUUGGGCAGAUCGUAAUAAAACUUCUUUUGUAAUAAAUGUUGGAGACAAUUUUUAUCAAACAAGUACUACUACUGCUAAAACAGUUACUGAUCCAAUUGAUCAUGAAGGUGUAUCAAAUGAAACUGAUCACAAAUGGAAAUCCUAUUGGUUAGAUGUAUACGGAGGCAGAUUGAAAGACAUAAAAUGGUUUACCGUAGCAGGAAAUCAUGAUUGGUAUAAUAAUGUCACUGCUGAAGUUGACUAUUUCUGGGAUGUUGACUCGAGAUUCUUCUUUCCCUCACUUUAUUACGUUCGAAAAGUUAAAUUUGGUGAAGGGAUAUGCGCAGCCUUUAUUCACAUAGACACAAAUCCGUAUUAUUAUAACUAUACAAGUUAUAAUCAUACAAAUAAUUUAAAACAAACUCUUAAUGAUUCUAAUUUAUACACACCUGAACAACUUGAUGGGAGAUUAAAAUGGCUCGAAGAUCAGUUGAAAAAUGUACAGGAUACUGAUUGGAUUUUCGUUGUCGGUCAUCAUCCACUUAUUGGCGAUUGUCGAAUUAAAAAUGAUGCCUAUUAUUUAAUGUAUGAAAUUCCACCAAUCCUAACCAAGUAUAAUGUAUCAGCCUAUUUUAACGGUCAUGCACAUGAUCUUUCCUUAUCGACUGAUAAUGCAACUUCUCCUGUCACUUAUUUUGGUUCUGGUGCUGGUGGUGCUGCACUUGGUAUCGGAUGUUUAAAUCCAAAUUGGACUUCUCCUUACACUUUUGGUUUCUUAUCUGUUAAAAUCCCAUCUAAUGGAAAAACUUUAUAUUUCGAUUUUGUUGAUGCAAAUCAAACUGAUACUCCUCCUAAAGUCAUUUAUUCGGGUAAGAUAAAAUCACGUAAAGUAAAAGAUGAAAAUUGA